AUGAGGAACGGCGAUGACUUGGAGGGCUUCGAUGGCGAAGCGUCCAGCACCUCCAUGAUCUCGGGGACCAGCAGUCCCUACCAGCCCACCACGGAGCCCGUCAGCCAGCGCCGGGGUCUCGGCGGCCUUCGCUGCGACCUGGACUACCUGCGGGGCACCUUCGGCAAGAUCAAGCUGGCCGAGGUGGUUUUGGCACUGAUUGCAUUCAUCUGCAUAGAGACCAUCAUGGAAUGCUCCCCUUGUGAAGGCCUUUAUUUCUUUGAGUUUGUGAGCUGUAGUGCGUUGGUGGUUACUGGAGUUCUGUUGCUUAUGUUCAGUCUAAAUCUUCACACAAGAAUACCGCAGAUCAACUGGAAUCUUACUGAUCUGGUCAACACUGGACUCAGCACUUUCUUCUUUUUCAUUGCCUCUGUAGUACUUGCUGCUUUAAACCAUAAAACUGGAGCAGAAAUUGCUGCUGUGAUAUUUGGUUUCUUGGCAAUGGCAGUGUAUGCUGUGAACACAUACUUAGCUAUUAAAAAGUGGCGAAUGAACAGCAGACAACAAAAUAGUCGGCAGACCAGUGAUUACAUACGUGCUCGAACAGAGUCCAGAGAAGUGGAUCAUCACCCUGAGAUUCAGCGUCUGGAUGCAUGAAAGCAACAUUCAAAUGGGAAUGCGAAGGGAAAAGACAUGCUUAACUCCCUCAUGGAAUAAAGGGUUUGUCUUUAUUUAAGGAAGAAAAGGAAGAUCACAUGGUGGCAAAGAAUGCCCAGCCCUGCAUAUGUGCAGAAGUGAAUUGAGUUGGAAGCUGUUGUCAUGAAGGCAGUAAAUGUUGGUCGUUCAAAAGCCAGAUCUGUUUAAGAUGUCCACAUAUGUAUACAUAUAUUAUAUAGCUUAUAUAAUAUAUAAUGUAUAUAUGUUUUGAAGUAUGUUAUUGUUUUGGAUUAACUGCACAGUACUUUCCUUCCCUCUCCCAAGUGCAAGCUCUGAAUAUACAUGUUCUGCCACUGUUUCUUCACCUAUUGUAGACACUAAGACCAGCACUGCAUUGGUUGAUUAAUAUGGGAAAGAAAACCACCAAAAGGAAAUCUAAUACAUGCUAAAAGGAGGUGAAGAGCAAAUAGCAAUAACUUUAACCAUGUUAUUAUGUCCAGCCAACUCUGUCUCCAUCCUCAUGCAGCCCUCAGCAGUGCAGUUCACUUCAUGUCUCCUG